CUUUUUUAUUAUUAUCUAUGAUGGAUGAUUCGUUGUAAAUGUUUGUUUAAAUUGUUUCGGACGAAAACAGAAAGUAACGUGUAACUUGUCAGGUUGACAGUUUCUCAGGCAGCUGCAGGAUGAUGCAGCGUCGUGGAGGGAAGCGCAUCCGGAUGGAUGAUCCGCCCCCGCCAGAGUACGAGUCUCCCAUGACGCCCAUGACGCCCAUGGACGGCAGCGGGGGCGACCUUCAGGAGCCCUACACCCCUUACACGCCCUACAGCAACCAGCCAGCGACACCGCUCAACUCUGGCGAGCAGUACGGAGAGUCUUCGGGAAGCAGCCAGUACCAGUCGGCGGCCCAGAUGUACGAUCACGCGGGCCAGUUCGAGGUGCAGCAGUCGCUGCCCGUGUACGACCAGAGCGUCCAGUACGAGCAGCCCGCCACGCCCAUCGCCGGCCGAACUCGCCUCACCCGAGCCAGGCUCAGAGCGCAAGCUGCGGGGGCCGCCGCUCCGACGAAGCUCAACGUGCCCUCGGUGAGCCUGAACAAGCACCUGAUGGGCAUCAUCGAGGAGCCCAAGAAGACCCGACGGCCCGCUCGCAAGCCCACCUCGGAGGUUCUGUCGGAGGACGAGAACUGCCUGUACGUCAUCGUCCGACAGGGGAAGGUCUCCCUGCAGGUGAUUGUGGACGAUUGGAUUGAGAGCUACAAAGUGAACAGAGACACAGCCCUCCUGUCGCUGAUGCAGUUCUUCAUCAACUCUUCUGGGUGCAAGGGCAAGAUAACACCAGCCAUGCAGUCUUCCAUGGAGCAUGCUGCAAUCAUCAGGAAGAUGACAGAAGAGUUUGAUGAGGAAAGUGGGGAGUACCCACUGAUCAUGACGGGCCAGACGUGGAAGAAGUUCCGCAACAACUUCUGCGACUUUGUCCAGAUCCUGGUGAAGCAGUGCCAGUACUCCAUCAUCUACGACCAGUACCUCAUGGACAACGUCAUCUCGCUGCUGACGGGGCUGUCGGACUCCCAGGUUCGGGCGUUCCGACACACGGCCACGCUCGCAGCCAUGAAGCUGAUGACGGCCCUGGUGGACGUGGCCUUGACGGUGUCGGUGAACCUGGACAACACGCAGCGGCAGUACGAGGCGGAGCGGCAGAAGGCCCGGGACAAGCGGGCGGCCGACCGCCUGGAGUCGCUCAUGCUCAAGAGGCAGGAGCUGGAGGAGAACAUGGACGAGAUCAAGAACAUGCUCACCUACAUGUUCAAGUCCGUGUUCGUGCACAGAUACAGGGACACCUUGCCUGAAAUUCGUGCCAUCUGCAUGGCUGAGAUCGGUGUUUGGAUGAAGAAGUUCCACCAGAACUUUUUAGACGACUCGUACCUUAAGUACAUCGGCUGGACCCUGCACGACAAGGUUGGGGAAGUCAGGCUUAAAUGCUUGCAGGCCCUGCAGCCAUUGUAUGCUUCGGAGGAGCUGAAAGGCAAGCUUGAGCUGUUCACCAGCAAGUUCAAGGACAGGAUAGUCGCCAUGACCUUGGACAAGGAGUACGAUGUUGCUGUGCAGGCCGUCAAGUUGGUCAUCAGCAUCCUCAAGCACCACCGAGACAUCCUGCUGGACAAGGACUGCGAGCACGUGUACGAGCUGGUGUACUCGUCGCACCGGGCGGUGGCCCAGGCGGCGGGGGAGUUCCUCAACGAGCGCUUGUUCGUGCCGGACGACGAGGCUGUGGCAGGGGUGCGCACCAAGCGCGGCAAGAAGCGCCUGCCCAGCACCCCGCUCGUGCGCGACCUCGUGCAGUUCUUCAUCGAGUCCGAGUUGCACGAGCACGGGGCCUACCUGGUGGACUCGCUGAUCGAGUCGAACGCCAUGAUGAAGGACUGGGAGUGCAUGACGGACCUGCUGCUGGAGGAGCCCGGGCCCGGGGAGGAGGCCCUGGACGACCGGCAGGAGACCAGCCUCAUCGAGAUCAUGGUGUGCUGCAUCAAGCAGGCCGCCACGGGGGAGCCGCCCGUCGGCCGGGGCCCCACUCGCAAGAUCCUGUCGGCGAAGGAGGCGAAGCAGGUGCAGGACGACAGGAUCCACCUGACGGAGCACUUCAUCCACACCCUGCCCCUGCUGCUCGACAAGUACCGCGCCGACCCGGAGAAGUUGGCCAACCUGCUGGCCAUCCCGCAGUACUUCGACCUCGACAUCUACACGUCUUCCCGGCAGGAGGGGAACCUGGACCAGCUGCUGAAGAAGAUCAUCUCGAUCGUGGAGAACCUGCACGACUCUGACGUGCUGGAGACGUGCUCCAAGACGCUGGAGCUGCUGUGCACGCAGGGCAACGCCAUCUUCACGCGCUGCGACGUGGCGCGCAGCACGCUGCUGGACAUGGUCGUCAACAAGUACAAGGAGGCCGUGGACGAAUGGCGCUCCCUCAUCGAAGGCGAAGAAACUCCCGAUGAAGAUGAGACGUUUAAUGUGGUGACAAGUCUCAAGAAAGUUUCAAUCUUUUCUCAGUGUCAUAACCUGGGCCAGUGGAACAUCUGGGAAUCUCUUUACCGGGACAUAGUUGAAGCCAAGGAUGGGAGUAAGGUGCUCCCAGAAGAAGCGGUGAAGUACUGCAUCUCCGCGUGCUUCUUCGGGGUGCUGUGGAGCCUGCACCACCUGGAGGAGGUGGCGGAGGGGGGAGGCAACGCGGCGCCGGACGCUGCCCGGCUCAAGACGCACCUCGGCUCCUUCAUGGACACCAUGAAGGAGAUGCUGCUGAUGGGACCCCAGCAGGUCUACAAGGAGGAGGCAUACCUCACAAUCUGUGACCUGUUGGUUAUGUUUUGUGAUCAGCUGGCAUCCAAUCCUGUCUUAAUAGACCUCAUCUACAUGGCAGACCGUAGCCUACAGAUCAUGCUGAAUGACUUCAUUCAGACUUACGUCUUCGUAAUGGAGGAAGAUGAUGGGCAGGAUGAACAUUCCAAGAUCGAGGAACUUCACAAACGGAGGAAUUUCCUUGCCUCCUUCUGUAAGCUCAUUGUGUACAACAUGAUCCCUACUAAGGUGGCUGCAGAUGUCUUCAAACACUACGUCAAGUACUACAACGACUACGGAGACAUCAUAAAAGCGACGCUGGGGAAGGCCCGUGAGAUCAACAAGGUGAACUGCGCACGCACCAUGGUGCUCAGUCUGACCAUGCUCUUCAAGGACAUGCAGAAGGAUGGUAACCGCAUCAACAGGCAGAGCGAGGACUUUGUGGGGCUCAAGGAGCUGGCCAAGAGGUUUGCUCUAUCGUUCGGCCUGGACGCCGUGAAGAACCGCGAAGCCAUCACCGCGAUGCACCGCGAGGGGAUCCUGUUUGCGGUGAACCCGGUGGAGAACAUCGAGGACCCUACGGGGCCUCCGCCCAACCUGCCGUUCCUCGAGAUCCUCACAGAGUUCACCAACAAGCUCCUCAAGCAAGACAAGCGCGUGGUGCUCAGCUUCCUGGACCGCAGGAUCACGGCAGGCAUGCCGUCCAGUCGCGGAGAGGACUGGCAACCCUUGCUCAUGUACCGCAACAGCCUGGUUCACGGGGAGACCGACCAACCACCAGUCACCUCCAAGAGGGCGUAUGGUCGCAAGAAGAAGGAAGCUCUGGAAGGAGAUGAACAAGGCGAGGAGGCAGAAGAGGCAACGUCAGACCAGGAGUUUAUGCCUGGGACAUCUGCCAAGCGCAAGAGACAAGCUACCAGGAGGGAAAGGCUCCCGGUGCGCGUGACGUCUCACCCUCGACUGCUGUUCAGGCCGCCGAUAGCCUCCCCUACGUCCUCCAGCCUGUCGUCUGAGGGUUCCAUCUCGUCGGUGCCCGCCGGCCAGAACUGAUCCCCUCCCGGCUGCGGACAGUGAUUUAGUUGAAGCAAAGAAGACAUGAUGACAUGACAUCAAGAUUCAACAGUUUUUCUUUUUUAUAAUACGUGUUCGUGUAAUGACUGAAUUGUGGGGACACAUUUCAUAAUAAGUUCUGUUUUCCUUGAACUAUUUAGUAUUAUAUUUUGUAUUUGUCCUAUAUUUUCAUGUAUUUUACAUUUGUUCGUAAAUAAUCUUUUUCUAUGCUUAUUGUGGAGUUGAAAUGCAGUGGUAUUUGUUUCCCAAGUCACAUGUAUAUUCUUUGCUAUUCCAAAAUACAUAGCUGCCUAGUGGCUAUUGUACAGGAUUAGUUAAUUAAAUUGCUAUUAGUUGGUUGGCGAAAUGUUUUGCAAAACUAAUGCUAUGUUCAUAUGUACAGUGUUAAUUAUUUCUUACAUUUCAUAUGAGAGUUACAAAUUAUCCAUAAUUAAGAUAACUAACUUCUUUAAAUUACAUGCCUACAUGUUAAAGCCAAGUUGAAAUUGUUUUUUAUUACAUUAAUUUUCCUUUUCAUGCAUGCAUUUUUUUAAGUGCUGUGAAGGCUUGUUUAUAGAGUUAUUAUAUUUAUGUAUUUCAAUAUGGAUAAAAUAAACAUAUACCUAUAAUGCA